AUGUCCAUCUUUGACCCCAUUCUACCCGAUUUCGACCCCCUUCCGACCCGCAGACCACCAGACGACCCGCCCAUCAUGGCUCAACCUCAGCCUACCUCCGCGGUCUCCGCGGUACAGACUACCCCUGCUCCUACAUCAGCAAGGGCUACUACUCCGCCUGUAGUACCAACUUCCACUCCGGUCGCUGCUACUACCCCACCCGUGCAAGCCACCACGCCACCAUCCUCCUCCGCCGUCGUUGUCGCGCCUACCUCUUCCUCCCCCGUCCCCGUCGUUCCUUCUUCAUCAAGUGCGGCCGCUUCUUCAAUCGCCACAACGUCUUCCGCUGCCGCCACGACGGCCCCUACAUCCAUCGCCGUGGUUACACCCACCGCCACCACUGCGCCCUCGUCGUCCUCUGUUCAAAGCAGUAGCGUCUUGACCAUCACGUCGACCCAGCCGCGUCCUAGUUUGCUAAGCUCGGUCAGCGCCAGUCCGAGAAGUAGUGCCGCGGCGGCAUCCGGGACCUCAGAGUCUAAGGGCGGGAUUGGAGGUAGUGGGCUAAGCGUUGGAGCUCUCGCCGGUAUCAUCAUCGGCGGUCUCGCCGCUAUCGCCCUCGUCGCAUUCUUCGUCACCCGCUCGAUGCGCAAGAAGGCCCGGACCAGGCGGACCGCCAACCGCAGUAGCAUGUUUGAGCCAUGGCCCGCACCGGCGCCAGUCGCGCUCGAGGAUGAGCCGUACGAGAAGAGCCGGUUUGACGCGCCGUCCCAAUCCUACGCAAUGCAAGACCAGUCCUACGACCCUUACACCAACGCCCAACAACACGCAUACGGCGCCGGCGGCGAGUCUCAGCCUCUUGCGGGCUACCCCGGCCACCCCGGCGGCGGAGGAUACCCCGGAGCAGAACUCGCCGCUGGUGCUGCUGGUGCUGGCGCUGGCGCUGGAGUCGCUGCGUACAACUAUCAACCCGAGUAUGCGGGCGCGCCCGGCGAGUACCCCCCUCAGGGACAGGGACAGUACGGCGGUUACCCGCCCGAAGCGGGUUAUGCGGCGGCAGGUAUGGGGAUGGGCGCGGCGGGAGUCGGAGCGGGCGCGGCGGGGAUGGGUGCGAUGAAUCCCGGAACGGGUCUGACGGACGGGAUGAUGGUCAGGGUUAAGGUUGGGUUUGUGAGGACUCUGGAGGACGAGCUUGCCAUCACGCCCGACCAACAACUCUACCUCCACAACCAAUACGACGACGGCUGGUCACUCUGCGAAGACCAAAACCAGAACCGCGGCGUCGUCCCCGUCUCGUGCCUCGAGCCGUGGACGGAGCAGCCAACCGGAUCUGCCGGGGACGGGCAGCACCUCGCACCCGGUGGACAAGGGAUGCCGAGGAGUAAUACGGCAGAGAGCCUGACGGGCGGACAGAGACGGUCGAGUUUGUUUUUGGCGCAGAAUGCGAUGGCGCCGCAGCCACAGGGGCAGGGACAGGGGCAUAUGAGGUAUUGA